UGUUUCAGAAUGGUGGUUUUGCGUUCGAGGCCAGCAGCCGACAAUGGAGGUGCCAGGGAGGGAUCAGGAUCAGGCUCGGGGAACGAGCGCACGAAUGAGCAGACCAGAGAGUUUCUUUCUUCAGAGAUUACUCGUAUCAUUUUAGAGCAGACUCCUGUGAUCUUCGGUUCGAUCAAGGAGGGUAUCCUAGAGCUGAUGGAUGAGAGAUUGGGCACCUUUCGUGCUGAGGUGGCGGCCAUGAUGGGGUCGCGUACACUUAAGUUCAGGGAGUUCAGGGCAUGUGGAGCUCCAGACUAUCAUGGGACGUGGGACCCCAUAGCGAGUACUAGAUGGUUGGUGGAUGUGGCCAACGCGUUCCGCACAAGCAGGUGUCCCGAGGGGGACAAGGUUAGAUUGGCGUCCUGUCUUCUGAAGGACAGGGCACGAGAUUGGUGGGAGGAGGUCGGACAUACCAUUGGAGAUGAUGCAGCAUUGGAUGCCAUGACCUGGGCUGAUUUCUCUACCAGGUUCAGGGCGAAGUUUGCACCAGUUAUUGAGGUGAAGCAGUUAGCCAGAGAGUUUCAGGACCUCACCCAGACUACAGAGACCGUGGCGGAGAUCACCGCCAAGUUCAGGGAGAGGGCUCUUCUUGUUCCUCAGUAUGCGGCCGAUGAGUAGAUGAAGAAGGCCCGUUAUCAUGAGAUGUUGCGGAGCGAUAUCCGUCAGUUUGUGAGCCGGUCCAGCUAUAAAACGCUGGAUGACAUGAUUGCUAGGGCUCGGGAGAGGAAGAUUGAUCUCGAGAUGGAGAAGAAGAGGAAACCGGAGGCGGUUUCGAGUACAAGCAGUUCGGGCAAAAAGCCCAAGGUUUCUGAUUCCAGAUCCAAGAGUCAGCAGAGCCACGGCCGAUGUGGCAAGUGUGGGAGAUUGCACAAUGGGGUGUGCAAGGCAGGGAGUUCUGGUUGCUACAAGUGCAGUCGGACUAGGCAUUUGAGCAAGGAUUGUAUGGCCCCUGCUAUUGCCGUUGCAGCAUCAGAUCUGAUUUGCUUUCAGUGCAAUCAGAGGGGACAUAAAAAGUCCCAGUGUCCGAGUUUAGCUGCAGUAGGGAAGGUGGUUGCACCUGCCCCUGCUACUUUGAGGAUUACAGAUGGCCGACAGGGCCGAGCCGAGGCGCCAGUGGCGAAGAGUAGGGUGUUUCAGAUGACAACAGAGGAGGUGCGAGCGACUCCUGAUGUGGUGACGGGGUCGUUCUCUGUGAACGACAUUCCUGCUAUGGUAUUAUUCGAUUCGGGGGCUACCCGAUCAUUUGUAUCGCUUGUGCUUAGCAAGAGAUUUAGCAGAGCUCCAGGGGAGCUGGAUUGUCCACUAGAGGUUGAGAUAGCAGAUGACAGGACCGUGAGGGUCGCCAGAGUGCAUAGAGGGUGUUCUCUUCAGUUGUUUGACGAGCAGUUUUCGGUGGACCUGGUUCCUAUUCCCCUGCGAGGGAAUAAGGUUAUUGUAGGCGUGGAUUGGAUAAGCCCCAAUGGGGCGGUGAUUGAUUGUGAGCUUCAGCUAGUGAGGGUUCGCACUCCCAGUGGGGGAGAGUUAGUGAUUCAGGGCGAGAGGCCACAGCGCGGACCGACCUUUUGUUCUGCCGCAAGGGCGAGGCGCUAUUUUCAGCAGGGCUGCGCUGGUUAUGUAGCUUAUGUCUUGGAUGCCCGGGAGAAGGGCAAGACGAUAGUUGAUGAUGUUCCGAUAGUGCGAGACUUCCCAGAUUGCGACAAGAAAGAAUGGUUGGAGACACAUGGCGGUGCGAGAUCGGAGGUUGGGUGGUGGUGCAAUGUUGCUAUGAAGACGAAGGCCUAG